AUGGUCAUCACUACUAAUUCAGAGAUAUGGAGUUAUAAUUUUGGAAAUAAUGCAUCAAAGGCGCAGUUGGAUACUCUUAAGUAUGGGAUCAAUAGCAAAGAUCUUAGGUUCUUGCUUUUAACGAGACGUUACGUCUUGAACCUAAACCUAAAGAAGUUGACAUAUAUGGCGAAAAGUUGUAGGGGAGAGUUUUUGAAGAGUGUCCUCAAAUAUGACCAGGUUUCCUUCAGUAACAAUAAGUGUUGUUUGGGUGAAAUUGGCACGGCGUCAUCCUAUGGUCCUCCUUAUACACCUACGAGAUGCAAUGGCAACCAAGCAGAUCAAUUUCCAUUGGGGAAUUUAUUUGUAUCAGUGAGUGAAGGACUAUGGGAUAAUGGGGCGGCAUGUGGUAGGCGUUACAGAUUGAAGUGUUUGAGUGGAAAUAAUAAACCGUGUAAAGGUGGCACAAUUGAUGUUAAGGUGGUCGAUUUUUGCUCCAAAAGACCAUGUCCUUCAACGAUUGUCUUGUCAAAUGAUGCAUUUUCUGCCAUUUCCAAAACUCAAAGGGGAAAAAUUAACGUCGAAUAUAUUGAGAUCUAACAGGGGGAAGGAGUCCGAUUAUUUAGUUAGAUAGAGCAAUAAAGGUUGUAAUCACAUACAUGGAUUUUUUGAAGCUUAAAUCCACAAAAGCUUGAAGAUAUAUGCCUUAAUCUACGUUAAAUGUAUUAAUAUGCAAUAUAAAUAUAAAGUGUAGACAU